AUGUACACUUUGUUUUCUGAAUUUUCACUUCCAUUUCGAUAUUUUCUUUUAUCUAUCUAUCUAUCUAUCUAUCUAUCUAUCUAUCUAUCUAUCUCAGUCUGUUCAUAUCUAUCUAUCUAUCUAUCUAUCUAUCUAUCUAUCUAUCUAUCUCAGUCUGUUCAUAUCUAUCUAUCUAUCUAUCUAUCUAUCUAUCUAUCUAUCUAUCGCAGUCUGUUCAUAUCUAAACACCCGUCUCGCUUUCUCUCUCCCUUCUUUCUUUUGUUUAAAUAUAUCAAUUUUUCUCUCAGUUAUUCUCUUUUUGUCUAUGUCCUUAUCUCUUUUCCUCUUACUCCCUUUCUCUCUCCCUCUUUCUCUUUCUUUCUUUAUCUAUCUAUCUAUCUAUCUAUCUAUCUAUCUAUCUAUCUAUCUAUCUAUCUAUUCUGGUCUCUUCCUGUCUGUUCCACGCACGUUUUCUUCCAUUUUUCUCGCCUUGUAAUUGUAUUUUUUCCGUUUGAAACACAGCAGCCGAUAAUAUCUUUUUCUUUAUUCGCUCUUUUUUUCAUUAAACCGGCUUCCAUAAUGGCGGCUCUCCUUAGGAAGUUCAUAUUCUAUCUAUCUAUCUAUCUAUCUAUCUAUCUAUCUAUCUAUCUAUCUAUCUCGGUCUUCAUUAUCUAUCUAUCUAUCUAUCUAUCUAUCUAUCUAUCUAUCUAUCUAACAAACGAUAUAUUGCGUUAUGGAGGUGACAUGUUCAUUUUAUUUCUAUCUAUCUAUCUAUCUAUCUAUCUAUCUAUCUAUCUAUCUAUCUAUCUAUCUAACAAACGAUAUAUUGCGUUAUGGAGGUGCCAUGUUCAUUUUAUUUCUAUCUAUCUAUCUAUCUAUCUAUCUAUCUAUCUAUCUAUCUCGGUCUUCAUUAUCUAUUUAUCUAUCUAA